CCCUGUCGCCAGGUACGGCUGCACCUGCCUGGGAGGGAGACGGCGAAGGAGGGUGCAGAGCCUCGGUGCAAAACAGCGUGCGAGGUCCGUGGAGUUCACAGAAGUGACAGAGAGCCACCAGGGCAUUCAUCUGAGGGGAAGACAACUAGGAUAAGAGUGAGAUUGCGGUUCAUGGUUCAUUUAAACAUUAGCAUGUAGGGGAGGCACCAUACUGGCGUUUUUGAUGAAUUGUUUACAGAAAUCAUCUGCUAUUCUUACCGUUUUGACGGAAACUUAGUACGAGGAGGCUUCUUGAAGAACAUCCAAUAAGUCGCUUUGUUUUCGAUACAAUUAUAAGCGGGAUGACACGGUUAACAGCUUGGAUUACAAAUGGCUAUCAUGUUUCCUCUCCGUUCAAUAACGUCAUGAUAUCCACCAGAUUUUGUGGUAAAUAGGAGACUUGUGUUGAGAUGUUGUAGGUUAAUAGGACCCCUGUGUUCAGCUACCUCCUCGCCGCUGCUCGAUGUGGAAACAACAGGUCAUGUGACCCACAUGUCACGCGCUCGAGCUCACAUUACUCUUGAUUAUUAUUACCUUCCUGUUUUUAAAUUGGUGUUUUAGAAUUACUUUAAUAUAUAUCUGACACUUUUAAAGUGAAAAACCAAAGAUGAAUGAUAUGCCUUGGUUGUAUUUCUUUAUACGUGCAAUUUCGCCAACAAACAGAGUCGAACUACAUUACCCAUAUUUCUCUGCGUUUCUCAGUUCCGUGUUUAAAGGUCGAUUUCUUCAACUCUACGUGCUCCUUCAGUCAACAGUGACGGAGCCCCUAGGGAUCCCCUCGGAGCGCCAGCGACAUGGUCUGAUUCAUGAUGACACAUCAUGCACAGAGACAUUGGAGGAGACGAGCCAAGAGGUCUCUUCGGAGAUCACAGCAGACUCCGCAGAACCACGGGAGGAUGCGGUCACCGUAUGCCGCUUCUUCCUCGCUGGAAAGUGCCACUUCGGGCCCCGGUGUCGCUGGUCUCACAGCCCCGCUGCCAUCGCUGACCCAGAGCCUGGUGUGCCUCAUCCAGAUGGGGGGAACGAGGAGGAGAAGUUGGAGAAACACAAGAAAGGAAAAGCGAAAAAAGCAGCCAAACCAAAAUACACCCAAGAAAACGAGGCAGUAAAAAGUAAGAAAAAGCUUCGAAUGCGCACAGCGGAUGACGUGAUCUCGCGGAUCUUGUGGGACACACCGGCGGACGCGGAGCACUUCAUUGUGGGCUACCUGGACCGCUUCCUGGGUGUGCUGGAGCGCCCCUUCAAUGAGUUCAACUGGGACGCCGAACCGUGCGACUGCGACUAUUCCAAAGAGCUGGCCCUGCCCAGACACAGGAUCCAGUACUUUGCCUUCAGAGGACAACGCGUCUGGGACCGCAACGGCCGAACGGACAGGGUGUUCGGCUCCACCGGACAAUCUCUGGCUCCCCCCUUUGGAGAGGAAGGGGAAGCAGGGGGAGUCGGGCCACAAGAUGCAGAGCAGACGGACUCGAUGGACAGCGGAGAAGCCCUUGAAAGGACAGAAGAUGGGCAGGGAGUAGAGAGUGGGACAGUGGAGUCUUCUACUGAGAGCACCCACCUGGAAGAGAUUGAGAGCACUCUGUCCGCUAAAACUGCCCUAGAUGACACUACUCAGGAGCCACAGCCAGAGAGAGGGGAAAUUGAGGCAGUGGUGGAUGAUUCUUUUCAUAGAGUGGGAGGAGGGGAGGGAGAGACGGCUCAGGGAGAGAGUUGGGAUGCAUGGAGUGACAGCUUGCAGAAGCAUAAAGUGCAGAGUCCCUCUGAAGAGCCGCUGUCCUCCCUGAAGCAGAAGGAGCAGCCCAGCGGCAGCCGGCCCGCUAGACGCCGGCCCACACAUUUCAUCACCUUCAGGGCUAACACUCCUGGCAUCCUCUCAGGCUUCAAGCGGCUGCAGGAGGAGGUCUGCGCCUUGCUGCCCUCCACCACCCCCCACUGGUUGACCUCCUCCACCCUCCAUGUCACCAUGUGCCUGCUGGUGCUGGACGGGCCCGAGGAGGUGGAGGCAGCCGCGGAGAUCCUGCGGCGCUUUGCCUACCUGGACCGCAACCCGCCGCUGGCCUUGACCUUUCCCCUGAAGCUGAAGCACUUCAACGGGAGGGUGCUGUACCUGAGCCCCCAGCCUCCGCAGCGCCUGCAGGAGCUGAACCGAGGCCUGCAGGAGGCCUUCUGGGAGGCCGGAAUGCUGCACCAGAACUCCUUCAGCCCGCGCUACCACCUCACCUUGGCCAAGGUGUCGGGCGUGGAGAGGGAGCGGGUCUUUGACGGGGUGGGUGAGCUGAAGGUGGGGAAGGGGCUGAAUCUGGGACGCUUGCCGGUGAACACCUUGCACAUGUGUGCCAUGGGCCGCAAAGAGAAUGAAGAAUUCUACGAAAUUGUGUGUUCAGUAACACUUAGAUGAUUACAUCUAGUAGCGGUUACAUAAACAAGUACAUCUCUCCAGUGGUACAGAACACCCUUCUUUAGUGAGGCAAAAUCAUUUUCGUUUUGUACUAUCAUAUUAUAUUUCUGACAUUUUGCUGCUAUACUGUCCAGUAGUAGUGACGUACUAUUCAAUGCGUUACAUUUCAAUGAUAAAAAUAAUCAGGCCAAUUCAAGGCCCUUGCAUACGUGGGUGGGGCCCUAGACCGCAGACUAGGCCAACUUGUGCAUUAAUCCACACCUGCAUACAGUCCGUGUUUACAGGUGCAAUACCCAAAACAAUACACUGUGGCCUGGUUGCCUCAUGUGGUAUUUUGUACUAUUUUAUGAAUACAUUUUAUGAAUACGUCUCUUUUAAUGCACUUUUUAAAAUGAUUCCAAUCAGCCUUUCAUAUAGCUAUUAAUAUAUUCCAAUUGUCUUUUGCAGCACAUGACUUUUCCUGUUCUGUCUUAUAAAUAUGUGUUGUAUAUAAACACAUUAUAGAUUGCAUGCGCACAAUGAAUUUCCAUAAGCGUUUAUAUAAAUUAUGACCACCAGAUUGUCAGACCACAUUAAAUAUUAAACUGGUUAUUUUAAAUCCCUGGUGGUGCUAUUUCUCUGAGCGGUAGCGGGGGGGGCACAUGCUGGGGCUCUACCACUACACUGUGGUCAGACACAGCGAGAGAGAACAGAGGCUGGCUAAAUGCUCUGAGCAACUCUUGCAUACAUAAUUACAUAUUGUGUGUGUUUAUUCUCACGCGCCUCCUGGAUACAUGCUACACUAUUCUGAUGUGGGAGUCAGUGGGCAUGCUGCACUGGGUCGCUCCAGUU